AUGAGCGAACCAUCAGCAGCCACUCCUCGAGGACGUCCUGCACGCGGUCGCGGCGCAGGAGGGAGUCGUGGCGGAGGCGGAUCGAGGGGCGGGAGAAGAGGCAACUUCGGCAGCGCCCUGUCUUCGUCCGACGCCGCCGCCUCCUCCACAGCCUCAGAUAGGCCGGCAGCAAGCAGCAGAGGUGGUCGUGGGAGAUCUAGACCGCCGCAGAGUGGGACCAAUCGGCAGGCACGGCCGCAGCAACAACAGCAGCAUGAUCAGGACCCUGACAGCGACCACGCGCCGUCGGGCGACGUGGCAAAUGGCGACGACCACGGCAACGGCGGCAACGGUGAUGGCGACGGCGACGGCGACGACGACGACGAGCUUCCGCCCGAGGGCGAGAUGUGCUUCAUUUGCGCCGAGCCGGUCAAGCUGUACUCGGUGGCGCCCUGCGACCACAAGACGUGCCAUAUCUGCGCCAUCCGGCUGCGCGCGCUGUACAAGAAGAACGAGUGCACCUUCUGCAAGACCGACAUCGAUCGUCUGAUCUUUACCGCCUCGUCGACGCGCAACUUUGCCGACUUCGACCCGUCCGACACGCCAUUUGCCGACAAGAAGCUGCAGAUCUCGUUCGAGACCAAGGAUGCCAUGGAGGAGACGCUAAUCCUGCUGCGCUUCAACUGCCCCGACGCGCGCUGCGAGGUGGCGAGCGCCGGGUGGCAGGACCUCAAGAUGCACGCGCGGCGCGACCACAACCGCCUCCUCUGCGACCUCUGCGUGCGGCACAAGAAGAUCUUCAGCCACGAGCACACGUUGCACACGAGCCAGUCGCUCCAGGCCCACAUGAGCAGCGAGCACGGCCACUGCGAGUACUGCAACCAGUACUUUUACGGCGACGACGAGCUCUUUGUCCACAUGCGCGACCGCCACGAGCAGUGCCACAUCUGCAAGGCGCGCGGCACCGAGGCCGACCGCUGGCGCUACUUCCGCAACUACAACCAGCUCGAGAAGCACUUCCAGCACGAGCACUUCCUCUGCCAGAACCCCGAGUGUCUCGAAAAGAAGUUUGUCGUCUUCGAUAGCGAGAUGGACUUCAAGGCGCACCAGCUGUCGGAGCAUGCCAACGAGCUCACCAGCCGCGAAAAGCGCGAGGCGGUGCGGAUCGAGGCCAACUUCACCUACGAUGAGCCCGAGGGCUCGCGUAGCGGUCGCGGCGGUCGCGGAGGACGACGCGGCGGCGGCCGGGCCGGUGCUCGAGGGGAUCGGGAGCGCGAUACCGGCGCGGGCGACGACGCCGACCCGCUCGGUGUGUCGUCGCUUGCAGGGCGCCAGCACGUCCCCGGCGCCGGCCCCGCAAGUCACCAGAGUCGUCGCGCGGCGUUCGGAGGCAGUCUGACGGGCCCUGGCGGCAGCGGCGGCGGCACAGAUGGCCCGACGCCGCAGGGCGUGUCGGCGCCUGAGACCAACCCUGGUGCGGCGGCAGCGGCGAUGCCGAUGCAGGAGCGCCACGCGGCCUACCUCGCCAAGGUCACGGCCAUCCUCAAGGGUUCCGAGUCGCGGGUCGCUUCGUUCCGCUCCUCGGUGCGCACCUACCGCAACGGCGAGAUGUCGGCCAAGGACCUCAUCGACAACAUCCACAGCCUGGUGGGCGAUCUCGACGACUGCGUCAACGUUGUCAACGGCCUUGCCGACCUGCUCGACGACGACGACAAGAAGCGCCACCUGCUCUCGGCGUGGAACAGCUUCCGCAUCGAGCGGACCCAAUUCCCCUCGCUCGGCGGCGGCAGCGUCGGCCCGCUGAGCAGCGAGUCGCCCUACGCCGGCAUCGCGCGCGGGCAGAUCCGCAACGUCAAGACUGCGUCGGCGUCCAACAACCAGGUGUGGGCCAACGUCGACCGCGCCGCCUCGUCGUCGUCGGGCCACAAGGCGGGGCGGCCCCCGGUGAUCAAGGAGCAUUUUCCCUCGCUGGCCAAGGCGCAGUCCAAGGGAAGCGUCAACAUCCCCGGAUCGCUGGCGCAUGCCGUGGCGAGCAACUCUUCGCUGCGCGUCAACCACGGCAGCACGCCCUGGUCGGCCUCGUCGACCAUGGCCGCCGCCAACCGCGCCAGCAGCGGUCGGAGCACGCCGCAGCCGGUGGCUGCGCCCUAUGUGAUGCGCGCCGGCGCCUCAUCGUCUUCGAACGGCAUGGUCAACCUGUCCACGCGCAACACGGCGGCGUUCCCCAGCCUGCCCACGAACCAGUCGCGCAUGGACCUCAACGCGCAUAAGCGGGCGGUGCUGGCCAAGAGCAAGGGCAAGGAGCGCGAGGGCAGCCUGCCGACGUCGCCCGAUGCCAGCGGCAGCUCGACGCCCUGGGCAUUACCCUCGGGCCGCAUCGACGAGUCGGCCACCAGCCCACGCGGCGGCUCGCAGUCCGGUGGUGGAUUGGGCAACCUCGACGGCCUCAGUGAGGCUUUGGCUGCCACGUCGCGGGCGCAGCAGCAGCAGCAGGCGUCGGGCGCCGCCAAGAAGAAAAAGUCAAAGGGCACGCCGCUGAUUUCCUUGGGCGGCGUGCAUCGCGGAUGA